AUGUUGAAGUUGAACAAAAUAAACCGAACUAAUAAUGCUUAUCAAUUGCUAAAUAAGGAGAGAAACAAAAUAAGUGUUCCAAUAAACGAUUACACUGAAAUAGUACCGAACAAUAACAGUAAAUUUUGCAAAAAUAAAUAUAAAAAUAUUGGAAAUUUACACAAUAUUAUCCAUAGUAGUGUGUUAAAAAGUUAUAAAAAUGCUUAUUUUUAUAAAAAUAUGUUAAAGAUUGCAGAAAAUAAACAAAAUGAACUUAGUCUACAUCAAAUAAACACAAUUUUAAAAUCAUUGAUAAAGGCAAAAAUAUACAAAUAUUCAUUAUUCCAUUCCUUCCAAAUUCCUAUUUUAAGAUAUAUAAAUUCAAUAACUUGUUUAAUUCAUAAGAUAGAGAAUACUAAUAUAUACAUAAAAAAGGAAAGUUGGAAAGAAAAAACAAAUCAAGAGGGUCUUAAUAAUAAUGUGGAAUUUACAAAUAAUUUAUGUAAAAAAUUACAUUUAAAUUUAAACAAAUAUAAAAUUGAUAAGCCAAAUGUAGAUAUAAAUUUAUAUAUAAUAUCUGAUCAAAUUAAUAUUCUAGUUGACAUUUUUAAUGCUUAUAUGCAUGUUUUAAAUUUCCGUUUUAAUUAUUUAUGCAAUACCUUAUUUUUUUUUAUAACAAAAAAUUAUGUAUAUAUAAAUGAAAAAGACAAAAUAGCGAAGAUUUGGAGCAUGUAUAUACUGGUAUUUAUGUCGAGGAAUAAUAUUAUACAGACAGAUAAAGGUAACGCAAAAAUUGAAAAUAAUAAAAUUGAAAAUAAUAAAAGUGGUGAUAAUAAAAGUGGUGAUAAUAAAAGUGGUGACAAUAAAAGUGGUGACAAUAAAAGUGGUGAUAAUAAAAGCGUUCAUAAUAAAAGCGUUCAUAAUAAUGUUAACAAAAUUAGUUCUCAUAAAAUAGGAAACUCAAACCAGGCCAUUUCAUAUAUCAACAAUUGUUCAAAUAUGAACAGAACAAUACCAUUAACAAAAAAAGCAAAUAAGAUAAUUUUAUAUAGACAUAAACACAUUUGCAAUAUUAAUAUCAAAACUGUUUACAAUUAUAAUAUUAUUGUAUAUAAAAAUAACAAAAAAAAUAAUGUUCCAUAUUGUAAUAAAAUUUUUUGUAGAAAUAAUAUUAUUAGUCUAUGCAAAUAUAUCAUUUUAAUUUUUUUAAAAAAUCAAAAUAUAGAUUUAAGCAAAAAAAAAAAAAUAUGUGUGCGUGUGGAAAAUAUAAAUAAUUUUAUAUCUAAUGGAUAUAUGUAUAAGUUAAUAAACUCAAAAACACCAAGAUAUUCACAAAUCAAAUAUUUAAUAAAAUAUAAUUAUAUAGAAAAUCCUAUACUUUUAACGGGAAAAUAUUUCCCUAUUCAACUUUUAAGGGAUAACAAUUUUCUUUUAAACUUAUUAAAUCGGAUGAUUGAAUUGAAAAUCAAUUCAAAUAUUUGUCGAAAAUAUAUUGAGAAGAAAAUAUACGAAACCCUGAAAAAAUAA